GCAUUUCCUUCUUUACAGGGUAGAGAGUGCAACUAAGCGUAAUCUUCAAGUCCUUAUCUUUUUGUUCCUUUUUCUUCAGAGACAUUGGGCCAGAAGACUAAUAACAACAUAUUUCAGAUCUGUCUCUUUGGUUUCACUUCAGGGUCAAAUUGAGGAAUGCCAAGAAAAUGGGGAGGAAGGGAAAUUGGUUUUCUACUGUGAAGAAAGCUCUGAGCCCUGAGUCAAAGGAGAAGAACGAUCAGAAAUCAUGUAGAUCAAAGAAAAAAUGGUUUGGGAAGCAAAAGUUGCAGACCUCAGACUCAUACUCAGAAACUGAUAAAGCACCUCCUCUUCCUCCACCUGAGGAGAUUAUUGUAACUCAUGUUGAGAGUGAAAACCAUCAUGAUUGCAUUGAGGUUGCAACUACUGUGGUUACUGAGGAACCUGUUUCUGCUGUUCAGACACCAGUUGCUGAGGUUCAAGCCUUUACAAUUAUUCAGUUUGACUCUAAACCAAAGGAUGAAGUGGCAGCAAUCAGGAUUCAAACAGCUUUUCGGGGAUACUUGGCAAGAAGAGCAAUGAGGGCUUUAAGGGGGCUGGACAGGUUGAAAUCACUGAUGGAAGGGCCAGUGGUAAAGCGUCAAGCCAUUAAUACGCUUCGCUCAAUGCAAAGUUUUUCUCAUUUGCAAUCUCAAAUUCGUUCUAGGAGGCUCAGGAUGUUAGAGGAGAAUCAAGCUCUUCAAAAACAGCUUUUGCAGAAGCACACAAAAGAGCUAGAGACCAUGCAGAUUGGUGAGGAAUGGGAUGACAGCGUACAAUCAAAAGAACAAAUUGAAGCCAAGUUACUAAGCAAGUACGAGGCUACUAUGAGAAGAGAAAGAGCAAUGGCAUAUUCAUUCUCUCAUCAGCAAAACUGGAAGAACUCAUCAAGAUCUAUAAAUCCAAUGUUCAUGGAUCCAACCAAUCCUGCAUGGGGUUGGAGCUGGUUGGAACGAUGGAUGGCAGCACGACCGUGGGAGAACCAUGGCCUAAUGGAGAAAGAGAAGAAUGAGCAUUCAUCUGUAAGAAGUUCUAGCCGCGGCAUUACAAGUGCCGAAAUCAGCAAAUCAUUUGCUCGUUUCCAGCUCAAUUCUGAAAAGCAUUCUCCAACAGCAAGCCAAAAUCCAGGCUCACCAAACUCACAGUCUCAAUCUCUUUCAAAUCCUCCAAAACCAGCUUCUACAACAGUUACUAGGAAACUGAAGAAAGUGAGCCAAAAAGAUAGCCUUGUUAUGGAUGAUGACACCAAAAGCAUGGCUAGUGUGCAAUCAGAUAGGCUCAAGAGGCACUCAAUUGGUGGAUCAAUAGUGAGAGAUGAUGAAAGCCUUGCAAGUUCUCCUUCAGUUCCAAGUUACAUGGUGCCAACUAAAUCUGCAAAAGCUAAGUCUAAAAUGCAGAGUCCAUUAGCCACUGAGAAUGUGACCACUCCAGAGAAGGGGUCUUUUGGCACUGCAAAGAAACGUCUUAGUUUUCCAGCUUCACCUGCUAGACCAAGGAGGCAUUCAGGUCCACCAAAGGUUGAAAGCAGUUUCAAUGCAGAAAUCACUGUGGGAAAUGGUGUGAAUAGUUGAUUAUAUUGUCUGAGUAAAAGGAUGAAAAAAA